AUGGAAAGUCUCCCGUUAGACCCGUCGCACCCAGCCGUGCGGGACUACCUCCAUCUCAUCCGCCUGCAAGUCCUAACCCCGCUCUCGCUGGUCAUUAACAUGGCCACCGUGCUCGUCUGCACCGUCAUCGCCGCCCCCGGCAUCGGCGACGUCGCGUCCCUCCACCCAACCCCCAUCACCCCCGCCAAGAUGCCCAUCGCCGUCUACGCGGUGCUCAUCUACGUCGCGCAGAUCGGGUACUGCCUCCUGCUCGUCACCGCGCGCAAGCCCGCGACGAAGCAGACCUUCCUCAAGGGCGUCGGGCUCGCGCUCGUGCUCGCGAACUGGGCCGUCGCGUUCUGGGCGAUCGCGUGGGUGAUGCAGGCCUUCCUCCUCUCGACGAUUCUGCUGGCGGUCCUGCUGUUGCUGCUCGCGUACGCGAACCUCGUGCUCGCGGUGUACCACGAGCCCGCGAGCUGGAAAGAGCGCCCGCUCGAUUUGUUGUUCAUACACGCGCCGCUGAAGUUCAUCAUGCUACACCUCACCUACCCGCCCUCGCAGCCCAACGAGGCGAUGCGCCACGCCCUCCCCUCCGCGAUCGUCAUGCUCUCGACGAACAUCGUCUCCCUCCUCGUCAUCGUCGCGCGGCAGGACCUCGUGUGGUGCAUCGGCGCCGUGUGGGUGGCCGUGAGCAUCUGGGUCGGGCGCUGGCGCGCCGUCGGCGUUUGGGUCCCCGCCCUCGCAUUCACCGUCCUCCACCCCGUCGCGCUCGUCGCCUCUGCGCUCUACCUCCGCCUGCGCAAGCCGAAGCAGCCGAUCGCGCUCCCGCCGGACGAGGAGGAGCAGGUGCGUCUGUUUUCGCUCGAUCCCCGCUCUCCCUCGUCUCUCUUCUGUGGCACUGAGACGCUGACGAGCUAUACCGUAGGCCGCGCGAACGCAGAGACCCGCGGGUGA